AUGAAAGUAUGGCUAGCUAAUGCAGCCAGUACAGCAAUUAUCUUCAGUCUCAUUGGUGAAAUACCGCGAUCCGAAGAGAAACGCAGUGAAACAACAGUUGAGUCUGUUGCUCUUCCAGAUUCUAUUUCAAUUGAUGAAGCCGAUGGCAACUGGUUCUAUGGGACAUGGACAAAAGAAAAUUUAGCAAGUGAAUCAGAAAUGCAAACUGUUAUCCAACCAAAAAUGACCGAGGCAUGUUUACAAGUGAUGAUAGCCGGUGUUGUCAACUUUUAUCAAAAUAAUCGCUAUGCUCCAUUGGAGACGAGUACUGACUAUAAUAAAAACAGCAGUUAUGCUGCACGAAUACUAAAGAAGGCAUGGUGGAAUCAGUAUGGCAUAGACAGUGAAUCCGACAGGAUUAUGCUGAUGAAGAUCACUGGUCAGUGGAUAUCAAGAAUCCAUGUGUUUAAUGUAUUCAUCUGUUUGAAAACACUUAAACAUCCAUUGAAAUAUGUCAGGGUGAUUGGUAUUGGAACACUGCCGUUUUCUCAAGAGGUAAAAGAUGAAUUGAAUCAUUUACCAAGUGGUUGGAAAAGAACGGAGAUUGUAGAGAAGAUAGCUAGAAAACUAGUCAGCUCUAACUUGCUGGGACUGUUUCGUGAUAUCAAGGGGUUGAUCAGCCUGAGAAAUCGACUCGAAGAAAUCCUUCAAGAUCCCUUUUAUUAUCAUCCUGAUAGUGAUUAUUUGAUUAAGAAUCCACUGAAACCGAACAUUAUCGACGAUGCUAACAACUUGUUAGGACGCUUAAUCACCUUCUUGAAGUAUUCAGAACCUGACAGUGAGUUGUUCAACAGUGUUUACUUGAAGGCGGUGGACGGUAGAACACGAGAACAAGACUAUAAUGAUUAUAGUGAGAGUUGGGAGAUACUAUUGAGAAAGAUUUAUACAAGUGAUGCAUCGACUAGACAGGAUAUCAUUGACAGUGAACUGAGCAAGCUGAAAGUUCCUGUGAAUAAUUCUCGAAAUCAACAGGAAUUAGCGGAUAAAUGCUUCAAAUUGUACAAUGUUCAAUCCAAUUAA